AUGUUUGAACUGAGGCUUGUUGAGGGUGGUCUGCUCAAGAAAAUACUGGAAUCUGUCAAGGACCUCGUAAACGAUGCCAACUUCGACUGCUCCUCGACCGGCUUCUCUCUCCAAGCGAUGGACUCCAGCCACGUGGCCCUCGUCUCCUUCCUCCUCCGCGCCGAGGCCUUUGACCACUACCGCUGCGACAGAAGCCUCACCAUGGGCAUGAACCUCGCCAACAUGGCCAAGAUGCUCAGGUGCGCCGCCGGUGACGACAUCAUCACCAUCAAGGCCGAUGACGGCACUGACACCGUCACCUUCAUGUUCGAGAACCCUUCACAAGACAAGAUUUCCGAUUUCGAGAUGAAGCUCAUGGACAUCGACAGCGAGCAUCUCGGGAUACCGGAUACCGAGUAUGAAGCCAUUGUGAGAAUGCCAUCCGCCGAGUACUCAAGGAUUUGCAGAGAUUUCAGCUCCAUUGGUGAUACUGUUGUAAUAUCUGUAACAAAAGAAGGCGUGAAGUUCUCCACCAGAGGCGACAUUGGUACAGCCAACAUCGUCUGCCGACAAAACACUACAGUAGACAACCCAGAAGAUGCCACCGUGAUAGAAAUGGAAAAGCCCGUUACACAGACUUUCGCGCUGAGGUACAUGAACGCCUUUGCCAAAGCGGCCCCAGUUUCGAGCCAAGUGACCAUCAGCUUGUCGUCAGAGCUGCCGAUUGUGGUAGAGUACAAGAUUUCGGAAGUUGGUUACCUUAGGUUCUAUCUAGCACCUAAGAUAGAGGAAGAAGAUGAAGAAAUGAACGGUGGAGUUCAGAUUCGAACCUCUGAGCCUAAAGCGGAGCUGAAGAAGAAGCCGAAAAUGGAAACCGAGCAGCCUAAAGUGGAGAUGAUGUCGGAAGUUGAGCCUAUACCUAUACUGGUUGAUGAGGCUGAAUGUGUUGAGGAAAUAAAGCCCAAAAUAGAAACUAAUGGUGGAGAAGAUGUUUUCAUGGAUGCGAAACUCGAGCAGGAAGCUAAUGGUGAGGCAGAAGCUUAUGGCAAAGCUGAAGAAGUUAUGGAUGAGUAA